CCGCCGCUUCCUCCCGGCGGCCUGGGGCUUGGCCCGGGGCUGUCACAGGUUUGCCCAGCCGGGAGUGGGCCGCCCGCGGUGGCCCCGGGGACGGGCAACCCCUCGAGCCAUGGACCUGUCCCCAUGCCUUCACUGGGUGCGGACGCGGCUGUGGCGGUGCGGGGCCAGGCGGCGUCGGUUCUGCAGAAUAUCUUCCAGGCUCCCUGAAAUCAUGUCAAUAGGAUCACAUUCAUUCUCUCCAGGAGGUCCUAAUGGGAUUAUUAGAAGCCAGUCCUUCGCUGGCUUCAGCGGGCUUCAAGAGAGACGCUCCAGGUGUAACUCCUUUAUUGAAAAUUCCUCUGCCCUCAAGAAGCCCCAAGCAAAGGUGAAGAAAAUGCAUAAUCUGGGCCAUAAGAACAGCACCACGUCCAAAGAGCCCCAGCCUAAAAGGAUGGAAGAGGUCUACCGAGCCCUGAAGAGUGGCCUGGAUGAGUAUCUGGAAGUUCACCAGGCAGAGCUGGAUAAGUUGACUGCUCAGUUAAAAGACAUGAAAAGAAACUCACGCCUGGGAGUCCUGUAUGAUUUAGAUAAGCAAAUCAAAGCGGUCGAAAGAUACAUGAGAAGGCUGGAGUUCCACAUUAGCAAGGUGGAUGAGCUUUAUGAAGCCUAUUGUAUCCAAAGACGUCUCUGCGAUGGUGCCAGCAAAAUGAAGCAAGCCUUUGCAAUGUCUCCUGCCAGCAAAGCAGCUCGAGAGAGUUUAACUGAAAUCAACAGGAGUUACAAGGAGUACACAGAGAACAUGUGUACCAUAGAAGCAGAGCUGGAAAACCUAUUGGGGGAGUUUUGCAUCAAGAUGAAAGGUCUGGCUGGCUUUGCUCGGCUCUGCCCAGGAGAUCAAUACGAGAUUUUUAUGCGUUACGGUCGCCAGCGGUGGAAACUGAAAGGCAAAAUAGAAGUGAAUGGCAAGCAGAGCUGGGACGGAGAAGAAAUGGUUUUUCUCCCUCUCAUUGUUGGGCUGAUCUCCAUUAAGGUCACAGAAGUUAAAGGACUUGCUACUCACAUCCUUGUGGGAAGUGUUACUUGUGAGACAAAAGACCUGUUUGCAGCUCGGCCUCAGGUGGUUGCAGUAGACAUUAAUGACCUUGGCACAAUAAAGCUGAACCUUGAAAUCACCUGGUACCCCUUUGAUGUUGAGGACUUGACCCCAUCCACUGGAAAUGUGAGCAAGACAUCUGCUCUCCAGAGGAGAAUGUCCAUGUACAGCCAAGGCACUCCUGAAACACCAACUUUCAAGGACCACUCAUUCUUUAAGUGGCUGCAUCCUCUGCAAGACAGGCCAAAGUUGACAAUCUUAGAUGCUCUGCAAGAUACUUUCUUUGACAAGCUUCGUCGCAGUCGCUCUUUUAGUGACCUGCCAUCACUCAGACUAAGCCCAAAAGCAGGGCUAGAGCUAUAUUCGAAUUUGCCUGAUGAUGUCUUUGAAAAUGGAACAGUGACCACCGAGAAGCGGCCUCUUUCUUUCACUUUUGGCGACCUGCCUUACGAAGACCACGUACCCCCUGCUAACUCAGCAGAGUCCUCUUCUGCUCACAUCAGCUCCAGUCCUGACAUCACUGCAACCCCCACCCAGCACCAAGCUCUCAGCUCCUCCAAGAGCUCAAGUCUGGACUGUAGCAGCAGUGAUUCCCGCAGAGACUCUGUCGCUGAGCAGAAGGACCUGCCACCCCAGGGAGAGGGAGCAGCAGAUGAGAAGGCCACCCCAAGGGUAGCUCCUGAAGCUUGCCAAAAACCCUCUGAUGCUAGGAGUGAUCAUGUCUUUAUAGAAACAAGUGUCCCAGUGUCUCUCCUGCAGGACACGGAUGAAGGUUCAGAGCUCAAGCCCGUGGAGCUGGAUACCUAUGAAGGCAACAUCACAAAGCAGCUGGUAAAAAGGCUUACAUCAGCAGAGGCACCCAUGACCCCAGAGAGGCUGCCAUGUGAGGGAUCAAUCAGUGGGGAAUCAGAAGGAUAUAAGUCUUACCUCGAUGGAAGCAUUGAAGAAGCCUUGCAAGGGCUUCUCUUAGCUCUUGAGCCUCACAAAGAGCAGUAUAAAGAGUUUCAGGACUUGGACCAAGAAGUGAUGCAUCUAGAUGACAUCCUAAAAUGCAAGCCAGCAGUAAGCCGAAGCAGGUCCUCCAGUUUAAGUCUAACAGUUGAAAGUGCUUUAGAAAGCUUUGAUUUCCUGAACACCUCUGACUUUGAUGAUGAGGAUGGUGGUGGUGUGGAGGUUUGUAAUGGUGGAGGAGGUGCAGACUCGGUAUUUUCAGAUACUGAGAUUGAGAAGAAUAGUUACAGGACAGAGCACCCAGAAGCCAGAGGCCACCUGAGCGAAGCUCUCACAGAGGACACAGGUGUGGGCACCAGUGUAGCCGGCAGCCCUCUGCCCCUGACCACAGGGAACGACAGCCUCGAUGUAACCAUAGUUAAGCACUUGCAGUACUGCACACAGCUCAUCCAGCAAAUUGUGUUCUCCAGUAAGACACCGUUCGUGACAAGAGACCUGCUGGAUAAGCUGUCCAAGCAGAUCCUAGUGGUGGAGAAUAUCGCAGAGAUCAGCACUGAGAACUUGGGAAACAUCACCUCCCUUACUGAUGCAAUUCCAGAGUUCCACAAGAAGCUGUCACUGCUGGCAUUCUGGAUGAAGUGUACUGGCCCUUCAGGAGUGUAUCACACAUCUGCGGACAAGAUGAUGAAGCAGCUGGAUAUCAAUUUUGCUACCACUGUCAACGAGGAGUGUCCAGGACUAGCAGAAACAGUCUUCAGAAUCCUGGUGUCUCAGAUCCUGGACCGGACAGAGCCUGUCCUCUACUCCAGCAUGUCCUCUGAGAUCAUCACUGUCUUUCAAUAUUACAAUUAUUUCACCAGCCACAGUGUUAAUGACCUUGGAAGCUAUUUGCUGCAGCUCGCAAAAGAAGCCUCUGUGGUUCAGGUGCUGCAGUCAGUGAAAGAUGGAAAACUGCAGCAAAAUGUGGCCAAAAUAAACUCCAAUAAUCUUCCACCGCAGCAAGAAGUUUUGAGAGCUUUGGCUUUACUUCUCAAUGAGAACAAAAAUGAAGUCAGUGAGACUGUGGCAUCACUUCUGACAGCCACAGCAGAAAACAGGCACUUCAGGGAGAAGGCCUUGAUUUAUUACUGCGAAGCACUAACCCAGCCCAACCUCCAGCUGCAGAAAGCUGCCUGCUUGGCUCUAAGAUACCUCAAGGCUACUGAGAGUAUUAGAAUGCUGGUCACGCUCUGCCAGUCUGACAAUGAAGAGAUCAGAAAAGUGGCAUCCGAAACCCUGCUCUCACUUGGUGAAGAUGGGAGACUGGCAUAUGAGCAGCUGGACAAAUUUCCCCGGGAAUUCAUUAAAGUUGGAAGCAGGCGUGGAACGGAAGCAGCCACAGCUUUCUAGGGGGGAAAAGAACCUGCCUACAUUUAACAGGCAUUGAAGGAGGAUGGAGCUGCACUUUAGUGUGGGGAGCAAAAGGAAGACUGAAAAGUUCUAUGAGACUGUCCCAAAAUGCAGCAAGUUACAGGCUUCUUAAGGAAAAGUGAAAUCUAAAAUCCAGCUUCAGGAUCCCUCUUGGCUCCACCUUGCAGCUCGUGAUGCUGAGGAACAAUGCUUUCUGGACUGAUUCAUGGCAAAUAAGUGCAUAGCAGUUACUCAGCCUCCACAAACUUCUGUGAGUUGUUAGAAUUUGGCACUUUCAUGUAUUUUACUACUUGACUAUUUACUUCUUCCAAGUUGUCAUGAAAGCUUGAGAUGUGAUGCUGUAUCUAACAAGGCCAAGCAGGAGGCCACCUGAGCAGGACUGCAAAGCAGCUUUUUCUUCAACCCCAUGCUAAGCACCUGCUGUCAUGCAGUGUCCCCAGCCACAGGGAACACCACUCAGCUUUCCCACUUUUCUCUCAGUAAUGAAAUAUAAAGCAAGUUUCUUCAAGUUCUGCCUCCAGAAACAGCAUGAUGUAAACCCUGCAAGAUGUCACUUUGGUGACUCAUUCUAAAUGCCUCUGCUGGUCUUUUAUUUCCUUUCUCUUGCCCUCCAGCAACAAGCCAUCAUUAAUCCAGAGAUCUGUGAGGGGGAAAUCAAACAAUCAUGUAGGUUUCUGAAAACUAAAUGAAAAGGUGAAGUACAUCUACUUAAUCCAAGGAGAAGUGAAUACAGCUAUUUGCACCAGUCCCCACAGCCAUUUGGUCCUGCAAGUCACAGGCAGGAUUGGAUUUCAUACACUGUAAUUAGUGGCUCAUAGCUUCUAUAGAGCGAUUUCAAUAUGAAGAAAUAGAACCAACUGAAGUGGACCUCAGAGGCAGUAAUAAAGGGCAAAGAGAAUGAAUUCCCCCCACCCCCUCCCUGCAAGGAUGAAAGACAGCAAGUGCUUUAAACUGUUGAUUAUGAGCCUGAAGUUAACAGAGGCGGUGAAUAGAAUUAAACAGAAGAGUGUUCCUGUACUGUGUUCAUUAUGCAUGAAAUGCUACUUAGAUGUCAAUUAAAGUAUCUGAAUUUGCAUAGACUACAUAGGAAAGAUUGCAAACAGUACACAUCAAAAGGAAGCCUUGUAUGCCAAAGACACUGGCAGGCAGGGGUCAUUUUAGUUUGAGUUUGUUUGGGGUUUUUUUAACUGUGAAUGUUACAAUGUACAUAACUGUAUAUUUAUAAAUAUAUAUAUUCUUCCUUUAAUUAAAAAAGUACAUUUUGUACAGAUCAAAAUGCUUACUUGCUUGCUGACCACCACAGACUUUUUGCAGAGGGUAAAAUGAACCAUGUUAUGGUUUUUUAUAGCACACCUACCCCCAUCAGUUGAAUUCUUCCAAGGUCUUCUUUUGUACUGAGUUCUGCUUUUUUUUAUGUUCUUCU